AUGUCACGUAAAUCAAUUAUUAAAAAUUCGUGGAGUAGUUCAUUUCCAACUCUGAAUGAGUCUGAUUCUGAAAUAAGUGAACCAAUUUAUCAUUCAUGUCGUGGAAAAUUAUUACUUCAGAAGAAACUGAAAUCGAGUAAAACACAUAAUCAAACAGAUGCAGAGAAACUGAUCGUGAAAAUGCGCAGUACUCAACCACAAGAACGCAUGAUUUAUGUUACUGAAAGUGGCUUACGUAUGAAAGUUUAUAAAAAGUUAACAAAAAAUUAUAACCGUAUAUUUUUAUCAUAUCAACAAAUAGAAGGAAUAUAUUUAGUCCAAGAAGCAAAAAAUAUACUAAUUUUGGGUAUUGUCAGUUCAGAUGGACAGAAACGUGCCUAUGAAUGCUUACAAAUAAAAGAAAAUGAAGCCUUUGUUAAAUUACGUACACUACUUUUGAAAGCCUGCAAUGAUGAUAACCGAAAAUUGGUUGGUGUUCGUCCAAUCGGUACUCUAUCUAUGGUUUCAUUAGACAACACAUCUUCAAGACGUGGAUCCCUUGGUUCAGUUAUUUGGGCACAACAGGAUAAUGUGAGUGACAGGGAAAAUUUUCAAGAAAAUGAUAUGCUUCAAAAGGAUUUAGUGGAAAAUGGAAAUGAUGUUCAAAGAAUUAUGACAUCGGGUGGUAGUAGUGGGUCUGCACCCAAUGUCUCUUCAUGUUGUCCAACCGAUGAAGAAGAAGAAGUUGAUAAUGAUGUGAAUAGUAAUGAUGAUCUGUAUGAUACAGAAGACAAUGACCUUGUUCAUUACCAUAAUGAUUCAAAUAAUGAUGUUAUAAACGAAACAGCUAGUGUUCAUAGUGUUGAGUUGGAGAAAAUGGAAAAUCUUAAUGAACCUUUACUUACUCCAAUAUUUCACGGAAACGAAGAAUCACCAAUGUUAUACUAUAGAACCGGUGGUCCAAAUACAUCACUGGAUGACAGUGAGGCAAUAACAGAUUUAUAUCCAACAUGUGACUGGCCAGCUGGAGUUACAUUUAUUCAUCCGGACCCUGUGUGUGGUGUCAAAAUUUCUCACAUAGGAUCUGUUUUCUUAUAUUGUGAAAGAGUUGUCAAGAAGGAUGAUGAUUACAGCGAUGACGAACACCAGUUGUAA